AUGAGGAGACGCCCGUCCGGCUCCGGCGAAGAUGAGGACUGCGACACCGUCCAGUCUGCGCCCCCUGUUCGCGUCGUCGCCGACAAGAAAAAGCCGGYCGAAACGUCCCCCCAGAUGACCAGCAAGGGCUCCGCCCGCGUGACCAGGCAGUCAUUGCGACCGCCGGAAAGGCAGGGGAAGGAAAUGAAGGUGUCGACUGUGGUCGACGGGACAUCGAGAAGCCCUUCUUCCUGGCAACGGACGACGAUUACAAGUCCUGCAUUAGGCAAAAUAUCGCUGGAGGAAGACCAGCACAUACCCACCAAAUGCAUACCGGAUCCUAUAGCAGAUCAUCUGCGGCGCCAGGCCGCACAUUUAAGAAGUCCCUGGCGAUGUUCGCUGUUGACCCUCGCAACCAGCAUAAGCGCGAUUGCGAUUCUGUUUGCUAUCGUACACUCGUUCUUGAACUUUCAGCAGGAUCCCAAAGGAUGCGCCAUGUCCUACAUGAUGCCGCGAUUCGAUCCGUUUCCUGAUUUCGACACUGAACACACUCGCUUUGGCAGCAAAUACUCGCUCUAUCUCUAUCGCGAGCGUGGCGUUGACGAGGACGUACGGGUCAAGGGGAUACCGGUAGUAUUCAUUCCGGGCAAUGCAGGAAGCUACAAGCAAGUACGCCCGAUAGCGGCAGAGGCAGCCCGCUACUUUCACGAUGAGCUCCGCGAAGACAUGGCCGCGAUUGAUGGUGGGAAGAGGCCGUUGGACUUCUUCACCGUGGACUUUAACGAGGAGCUGAUCGCAUUCCACGGACACACGCUGCUAGACCAAGCGGAGUACCUCAACGAAGCCGUCGCAUACAUCCUUGAGCUCUACCACAGCCCACAGCGUUCGUUUCGUGAGCCCGGCCUGCCGAAUCCUACGUCUGUCAUAGUGUUGGGCCACUCWAUGGGAGGAGUGGUUGCGAGGACUAUGCUCAGCAUGCCGAACUACCAGGCAAACACAAUAAACACGAUCGUCACCCUGUCUGCACCUCACGCGCGCCCGCCCGUAUCGUUCGACGCCGCCAUGAUUUCGACGUACAACUGGAUCAACACCUUCUGGAGAGAAUCUUAUUCUGAACGUAAUGAAGGCAAGAAUCCGCUGGACGAUGUGACUCUUGUCUCCGUUGCUGGGGGCGGAUUGGACACGAUGAUCCCAUCAGAGUACACGAGCCUCACAUCCCUCGUACCAGACACCCAUGGCUUCACGGUAUUCACAUCAAGCAUUCCGCGUGUAUGGACUGGCAUGGACCAUUUGGCAAUAAUGUGGUGCGACCAAUUUCGGAAGGCACUGGUGAGGGCUAUAUUCGAUGUGCUUGAUGUGCGACGGCCCUCACAGACACGGCCUCAGCCAGAGCGCAUUCGUGCCAUGCGGAAACGACUACUGACUGGUAUGGAGCCUGUCGUKGAAAAGGCACAGCUUGAGCACGAGCCCACGACAUUCCUGACCCUGGAGCACAGCUCAACCACGAUCAUGUCACAUGGUCAGCGCCUUGUGCUGCGACAUCUCGGAGACGCUGGUACGAUCAAAGCGCACGUGAUGCCCAUUCCCGCGCAGCCCUUUGGGCAAGGCAGCAAGUUCACGCUGCUCACAGAUCAGGCUUUGGACGGAGGAGAUGAAGACGGGGCAUUGUCCGUGUUGCUCUGCAGUGUCACGCCUCCACCCACAGGCUUCUCGGUCCUAUCAUACGCCAUAAAUCUGGACUCGACCGGCGGCGCUGCGGGAUCCACUAGACUCGCAUGCAAAAGCGCCGCUCAGGACGUCUCGCUUCUCCCUGCAUCGACCAAUGAGAGUAUCAACGCGUUCGACAACGCUCGGCCCUUCUCCUAUCUGCAGUACGAUCUGUCUACGAUCUCAGACUACCAGUUCAUUGCCGUUCUGGAGAAAGCCAAAGAACACACACCGGGCUGGGUCAUUGCUGAGUUCAGCGAUGCUAAGCAGUCGUCUAUCAAAGUUAGCAAAGGGCACCACCAGCUGCUCAUGCGCGGCAUGCAUCGAAAGCUCCCUGCGAAUCGGCCCAUGAUGACAGAGAUCAAGAUUCCAGAGGUGCAUUCCACGCUGUUUGCAUAUCGCCUCGAGGUCAAUCGUCGCCCAUGUCAACAGUACCAGGAGAGCUUUGCGCCUCUUCUGCGCCAGUACAUCGCUGAACCGUACGAGUCCAAGUACUUUGUCAACACGCAAGGUGGCCACAUCAACGUACAUGGGCUCUCUCCGUACAUGCCACCGCCGCUCGCCGGUGGCGCAACCGAUGGGCUAUCUUUGCAGUUGUGGACGGACCCGACGUGUAAUUCUACCGUUGAGGUGUCGUUGAACGUCGAUGUGCUGGGCAGUGCGGGUAAGCUUGUAAUGAGGUACCGCACGGUCUUUGCAGCCUUUCCAUUGCUAGUCAUAGCGCUCGUGCUGMRCAAGCAAUUCAAGGUAUACGACACUACUGGCGUCUUCAUGAGCUUCACGCAAAGCAUGGACCAGUGCAUCCGAACUUCGUUGCCCGCGAUCUUCAUUGCCCUCACCUUCUUCGCGAUCGCCGUUUCCAAGUCGAAUCAUGGCACGUGGACAAGGCAGUGGCUUAGCAAAGCGACAGGAAACUCGCAACAGAGGGUUGAUUUUACUGUGAACGACCUCAUGCUGGGUACAUCRGAUCCAUUCUUCUGGUUUCUGGUGCCACUGUUUGCGAUAAUCAGCGUUGGCAUCUGCAUUGCGAUGAACUACAUUGUUCUCACCUUAACGCAUCUAAUGGCAGUGGCUCUGAGUCGCGUUCGCGGUUCACCAGUCGAUGGCACAAGGAAAUCCGGCUGCUUAUCUAUUAAUACAAGGCUGUUUAUCAUCGGCGUCUUCGCCGUGAUGAUCGCCAUGGUCGUGCCAUAUCAGUUUGCAUACCUGGUGGUCUGCAUCGUACAAAUCGGGACGUGUAUCGGAGCAUUAAGAAGCGCCCGGGAGACCCAAUCCGCUCAGGAUUACAACUUUUACAAUUACGCCCACUCGAUGCUUGUGUUCAUGCUUUGGAUACUACCAAUCAACAUGCCGGUGCUGGUUGUUUGGAUACAUAACCUGGCCGUCCAAUGGAUGAUGCCUUUCUCCACGCGCUAUAAUCUAAUGUCUGUGCUGGGAUACAUCUUGCUGGUCGAGAUGAUGAGUACGAGUACGAUGAUACCUCGCGUCACGAAUCGCUUUCGCCACCUCACUAACACCAUGAUCUUUGCAUUGGCGCUCUAUGCUGCCGUGUAUGGCGUGACGUACGCUUACCGCAUGCACUCCCUCGUGAAUGCGCUGUGCGUUUGGCUCUAUGUCAUUCACCUCUCAGGACUGCUGGCGCAAUGGAUCUCCAGCCCACCGCCGACAGAAGGCCAUGUCAAGAAACGACCAUGA